AACGAAAACUUGAUUAAACCAACCGGAUCUGACAUGAUAAUCGCCCGGAAAAAGCUGCAACUACAGAGAUUAUGGAGGCAAAGAGGAUGCCGAGUGGCUACGUAUAUUUGCCUGGGAGUUUUAGUUUUAUUUGGAUUUGUCUACAAUAGCAAGGGAAAUAGCAUGUCAUCUAUCAAAUCGGACAGUGCCGCUCAACAAUUUGAUGAUUUAGACGAUCUCACAAAUAAGGAGCUCCCCGGUGGUCCUGAUCCUAAUACAAUCUUCCGUGGCUCAGAACUAGGAAACUACGAGCCAAAAGAGCCGGAAAUCCCAUCAAAUCAGCCCGGAGAGCACGGAAAACCUGUGCCAGUAACCGAUGAAGAAGGAAUGGCGGCAGGAAGAGCAGCGGAGAAGGAGUUCGGCUUCAAUACCUACGUCUCCGAUAUGAUCUCGAUGAAUCGAACUAUUCCGGAUAUCAGGCCGGAAGAGUGCAAGCAUUGGGAUUAUCCAGAAAAGCUGCCGACUGUUUCAGUGGUUGUUGUGUUCCACAAUGAGGGAUGGACUCCGUUGCUCCGAACUGUGCAUUCGGUGCUGCUCAGAUCCCCGCCAGAGUUGAUCGAGCAGGUUGUGAUGGUUGACGAUGAUUCUGACAAGCCUCACCUCAAAGAGAAACUCGACAAAUACGUGACUCGCUUCAACGGAAAAGUCAUCGUAGUUCGCACAGAACAACGUGAAGGCCUCAUCAACGCGCGAUCCAUCGGAGCCAAACACUCGACCGGUGAAGUCGUGCUCUUUCUGGAUGCUCAUUGUGAAGUCAACACCAACUGGCUCCCACCACUGUUGGCUCCGAUCAAGCGUAAUCGCAAGGUUAUGACUGUUCCAGUUAUUGAUGGAAUCGACUCAAACUCGUGGGAAUAUAGAAGUGUCUAUGGAAGCCCGAAUGCUCAUCACAGUGGAAUUUUCGAAUGGGGACUUUUGUACAAGGAGACUCAAAUCACUGAAAGAGAAACUGCUCACCGCAAGCAUAACAGUCAGCCGUUCCGCUCGCCAACUCAUGCUGGAGGCCUAUUCGCUAUCAAUCGGCUCUGGUUCAAAGAACUCGGAUAUUAUGACGAAGGGCUUCAAAUCUGGGGUGGAGAGCAGUAUGAGUUGAGCUUCAAGAUCUGGCAGUGCGGCGGUGGAAUUGUGUUCGUCCCAUGCUCACAUGUCGGUCAUGUCUACAGAAGUCACAUGCCCUACAGCUUUGGAAAGUUCUCUGGAAAACCUGUGAUUUCUAUUAACAUGAUGCGCGUCGUCAAAACCUGGAUGGACGACUAUUCAAAAUACUACCUAACACGUGAACCGCAGGCGACCAAUGUCAAUCCAGGCGAUAUCUCGGCUCAAUUGGCUCUUCGCGACAAGCUCCAGUGCAAAUCGUUCAAAUGGUACAUGGAAAACGUUGCCUAUGACGUCCUGAAGAGCUAUCCGAUGCUCCCACCGAAUGAUGUUUGGGGAGAGGCCCGGAAUCCGGCAACCGGAAAGUGUCUCGAUAGAAUGGGUGGAAUUCCUGGACCAAUGGGAGCGACCGGAUGUCAUGGAUAUGGUGGAAAUCAGCUUAUCAGAUUGAAUGUUCAAGGACAGAUGGCUCAAGGAGAAUGGUGUCUGACUGCGAAUGGAAUUCGAAUUCAGGCGAAUCACUGUGUCAAGGGGACGGUCAACGGAUUUUGGUCUUAUGACAGGAAAACCAAACAAAUCAUCCACAGCCAAAAGCGACAGUGUAUAACAGUAUCCGAAUCGGGAUCAGAAGUUACGUUGCAAACGUGCACAGAAGACAACGAACGACAGAAGUUUGUAUGGAAAGAAUUUUAUCAAUCCAGCUAACUUCCUCUCAUCAUUUCCCAGUCCCUGGAGGAUUAUCAUUUUUUUCCUACAAAUAUUGUACAUAUCCGGGUAUAAAAUCUAAAAUUAGUUUCUUCCAAAGACACUUCCUUCCCAUCUCCCCGAAAUCCAAAUCUCUGGAGCUUCUUCUAGUAUUAUUUAAUUAAUUAAUUAAUUUUUACUCUUUUUAUUGUGAUAUUUCUCAGUUACCUAAUUUAUAAUUUAUUUUCAUUGUAAUAUGGGUUUUUUAUUGGUGGUGGCUUUCUCUUUUCACUUUUUGCCUUAAUUCUGAUGCAUUUAAAAAAUAAUAUUAUUGCUUGUGUAGAAAA